AUUCUCGCAUUCAGUUCUCGGCCGCAGAGUGCGCAGCAGUUUCUACUUUUCCGACCCGGUCGCUGAAUUUUGUUUUCCAUUUCCAUUGCCCAGCCAAAUGGAUUUAUUUAUUUGAGAAUUAUUCGAAAACGAUUUGGAAAACUGUUUAAAUAUGUAAAUCGAUACGAAAGCAAGCCGUGUUUUUCCCUUAUUUCGUGAUGUCGUGUGUUUUUAUAGUGUGUGAACGAAAUAUGUGCGCCUUUUUUCAUCAAUAAAUAUUAAUGCACAUUGUGCCGUUUGUCGGGCAUAAAUUAGAAAUCAUUAUUUAUUGCACACGUCUGCAGUGCGAAUCAAAACAAAAUCGGAAGCGGAGAGAGAGUGAUAGAAAGGAAGGAGAGCAGAGGAGAGAGUGGGCGCGAAAGAGUGCGAAAAAUAGUGGAAGAGAAAUAACAGCUGCCGGCUGAUUUGUUACGGAAAAGGAAAACGAAGAAAGAACAAGAAAAACUUAACAAAAACCAACCACAUCAACUUAAAAGGAAACUGGCUAAGUAGAAGGACACUAUAGCAUGCCAGGAUCAAAGGAGUGAAUACCAGAUCACAAUGAGCAACCUGACGGAGCAGGAUUACGACAGUGCCACUCCGGCGCUGCAGCAGCAGAUGAAUCUGGCCCGCAGAGCCUGCUGGAGGAACCAGUCCUCCAGCUCGCAUUUUCCUCCCAAAAAUAUAACCACAAAAUCUGGUACAUUCGCCAGUGACGCAGCCAGUCGCUUAGACUUAGUUAAUCCCAAGAUUGCGAAUCAAAUCGAUGCAGAGGCACCACCACCACCGAGAGAUGAAACCAAAGCACGAACAGCACCACAAACAGCAGCCGCAAAUCGCAAGACCACCUGCACAUUCUCCGACUGGCGGGGGACUCUCAGCAAAAGGAUGCUGCUCAUCUGUGGCUUCAUCCUAAUCCUUGGACUCGCCCACGGACGGCCGAACACGAGUGCUGUGGGCGUGGCCCCGGGGAAGGAUGGCAAGGAUAUUGCGGAUGCGGUCACCCAGCUAAAUCUGGCCCAGACCUCGCCCCUGGAUGCGGUGGAUGUGGGCCUGGAUCCAACGCCACCGGUGAGGUUGCCACGUGCCGAGCCACUGAAAUCCAGCGACGAGGAUGCGGAGGGCAGCGAAGGGCAUAAGAUGGAGAGGUAUCCCCUAUCCAGCGUGGACUUCGCUCGGGUAAAAACGCCGUUCAUCAUCGGGAUCUGGAUUCUGUCCGCCAGCAUAGCCAAAAUCGGUUUCCACAUGACGCCCAAACUGCAUCUAAUAUUUCCGGAGUCGUGCCUGCUGAUUGUCGUGGGCGUGGUCAUCGGGGUGGUGCUCUAUUUUUGCACCGAUGUCGCCGUCUCCCCUCUGACCCCGAACACCUUCUUCUUCUAUAUGCUGCCCCCGAUUAUCCUGGACGCAGGCUACUUUAUGCCCAAUCGAUUGUUCUUCGACAACCUGGGCACCAUCCUGCUGAUGGCGGUGGUCGGGACCAUCUUCAACAUAGCCACCAUCGGUGGCUCGUUGUACGCCUGCGGAAAGAUGGGAAUUUACGGGGAAAGCGAGACUCCGGGUCUGAUGGACGUAUUUCUGUUUGCCUCCCUGAUAUCCGCCGUAGAUCCGGUGGCUGUUCUGGCCGUAUUCGAGGAGAUACACGUCAACGAGAUCCUGUACAUUGUUGUCUUUGGCGAGUCCCUGCUGAACGAUGCCGUUACGGUUGUGAUGUACCACAUGAUGGAGUCCUACAAUGAGAUUGGCUUGGACAAAAUCAUCGCCCAGGACAUCGCCAGCGGUGUGGGUUCCUUCUUCGUGGUUGCACUAGGUGGCACUGCCAUAGGCAUCAUCUGGGGCUUUCUUACAGGCUUAGUGACCCGCUUUACCGAUCAUGUGCGUGUCAUAGAACCUAUUUUCAUAUUUGUGAUGGCUUACUUGGCCUAUCUCAAUGCGGAAAUCUUCCACAUGAGCGGCAUUUUAGCCAUCACUUUCUGUGGUAUAACGAUGAAAAACUAUGUGGAAUCGAAUAUUUCACAAAAAUCGCAUACGACUGUUAAAUAUGCCUUGAAGAUGUUGUCGAGCUCGGCGGAGACCAUUAUCUUUAUGUUCCUAGGCGUGGCCACUGUGAACAAUAUGCACGUAUGGAAUACGUGGUUUGUGAUCCUGACCAUCGCCUUCUGUUCGGUGUUUCGUGUUAUUGGUGUUAUUUUGCUAUCAGCCCUUGCCAAUCGCUUCCGUCUGCACAAACUAUCCCGGGUGGAUCAGUUUGUGAUGUCCUACGGCGGAUUGCGUGGUGCUGUGGCCUUUGCCCUGGUACUUCUGGUCGAUGAGAAUGUGGUCAAGCAGAAGAACAUGUUUGUUACCACCACGAUAGCUGUGAUUUACUUUACCGUCUUCCUGCAAGGCAUCACCAUCAAACCGCUGGUCAAGAUCCUCAAUGUGAAACGGGCCAACAAACGCAAGCCAACCAUGAAUGAGCGAAUUCAUGAAAGGUUUAUGGAUCACUUGAUGGCUGGCAUCGAGGAUAUUGUGGGCAAGACAGGCAACUACAAUGUGCGUGAUAAAUUCAAGCGCUUCGACAAUCGCUUCAUUCGUCCCCUGCUGAUCAGGGAUCUCAAGGGCGCUGAGCCAAAGAUCAUCGAGACGUACUCCAAACUUACAAUGCGCGAUGCCAUGGAGGUGAUGAGGCGAAAUCCAUCUACCAUUGGUCAGAUGACGGGCACCGAGUCGAUGAGCGCCCUGUUCCGGAAUUAUACCAAUAACUAUAUUGGGGGCAGGUGGGCACCGCCAACCAUAUACACCACCUGUCCCAGUCUGACAAAUCUAGACAAUACCUGUUCGCGUAAUCUGGAUAUGGCUGAGCUGGAUUAUAAUCCAUCCAAAAAGGAUCUGACUGAUGCCAGGAUCCACCAUCUGUUGGCCGAAGAACUGAAGCCUUAUAGAAGGGCCUCAAUACAAAUGCACCGUCGUCUUAGUUAUAGCCGACACGCAGUAGAUGACAGAGAUUUGUCCACCCAGGUCAAUUACAAAAUGCAAAUGAACUUCAGGCGCAUGUUCAACGAUCGCAAACAUCACAAACGGAGCAAACGUGGUGCCAGCAAUAAGGAGGCCAAGGAGAACGUUAAGCAGAAUCAUGUUUCCUUCCAUGAUUUCCAACAGAACGGCACUACCAAGCAGCUCACCAAUGACUAUAUUAACAAUGUGCUUAAUGAAACAGCCGAGGAGUGCCAACAGAAUCCCAACGAGAUCAAUGUUGUUGGCCCUAGCGACGACUGGGAUGAUGGCCUGACCUUCACCGCUAAAUCAUCACCUGACUCGGAUCGCGCCAAUAACAAUUCCCUGAUAGCCCACAUCCAAAACCUGCCGGGUUUCGAUGCCUCCAAGGCGCGUAUCGUCGUCCAGCAUUAUGCACCGAAGGUCGACGAUGGUCCGGAAACAGAUCUAGAGUCGCCGGAUCAGGCUAUUGGGCCCACGGCCGCCGAAUUGAUAUUGCCGUGGCGGCGGGAUCGUUCAUACCAGAGCAUUGUGGCCGAGCAUCCCAUUCCCGAGGAGGACCGCAAUCUGUCCCGCGAAUCCGAUGGAGAAAGGCGCGUGGCCACGCCCACCGCCACGGAAUCCCAGCUGCCGUGGAAACGACAGGGUGACGAAUGCACGGAUGCAGUGCAGCAAAACGAGUUCCCCGCUUGGGCUUCGAACAAGGAGUACUUGGCCUACAAUUCCCCCAGUGCAACAUUCCUAGGUGGUAUAAACAAGCCUAAACAGCCCAAGUCCGUCAUAGGUCUCUUCCGGCGUGAGAGUUCCAGUUCGAAGGCCGGAAGCGUUGGCAUCGGCAGCAACGGAGCUGUGGACACCGCCGCCAGUGGGUCGGAUCCGACGGUUGUGCCCUUGUCCAUUCAACCGGCCAACGCCCCAUCGACGUCCAUGCACAAUCCACGGCUGGACAAGCGCUCCCAGUCGAUAUCCUCGGGCUCACUGGGCGCCGGGGCACAUCAACUGGGUCCGGAUGGCCACUCCGGUCCGUUUCCGGUCACCGCCAGUCACCGACGGAAUGUGCGGCGGGGCUCCAUGUUGGAGCUGAGCGGACUCAUUGCAACUGGACGAAGGCCCAGUAGAAUUUUGCAAUUUAGUCCGGGAGCAACUAAUUUACUAGAGUCAGCCAAGAUCACAACUCCUUCUCCUCCACCUCCUACUACUUCAACAAUAAUACCAACAACAACUACAGUAAAAACAACAACCACAUCAACCACCAAGAACAACACCACCAACAAUUCAACAGAAACAACAUCAGCAAGCGCGACUAACUCGACGCCAACCUCCCCGAAAUCGGAGGAUAGCAUCCCAUAUACGAACUAUCCAAAGUAAUGAACUAAACCGAAAUCAAAAUGUCUUGUGAAAUCCAAACCGGCCAUUAACGAAUUUCGAAACUCUGUGAACUAAGAGAAAAGCUAAAACUACCACAAAUACUAGCGUACAUAUGAUAACUCUAAAUACUAACCACACGAACUUUAUAUACGAAAUAUGUUUAUUGUAUAUAGAGCCACAGAUCAGAGCAUAUCAUUGUAGAGUAACAGUCAGUCCUUGUAGGCUAAACUUUGCCAGCGAUCUCUCUUUUCAUCUCAGCUGGAAUUGGUUUUCUGUACUCAAAAUCGAUUCCGGUGAUUAAAAGUCUUGCAAUUGGAUUCGAACUUCAUUCCUCGCACCUGGCCCCACAAAUUUCGCCUUAUUGUCCACUGUAUAUAACUUUGAAAUCAGGAUGUUGUUAAUUGGUGAUCGGUUGAUUCAGUGCCAGACAACCAUAUUCUGCAUUAAACUAAAUUUUGAUGGGCUGCUGAAGUUGUUCAAUUUUGUUUGCAGUUUUACUGACUAGAACCCAUUUAUUGUAUAGCAGUUGUAUAACAGUCCUAUAACUUAAAAUUAAAACGAGUGAUCGAAUUUAAAAGUUAUAAGACAGUAAUAAAACAAUUGUACGACCGUAGUAAUACAACCCAUUUAUAAUUUUUAAACAUCGAACUUUGUGUUUGUUUGCUUUCUGUUUUUAUGUCUUAAAUGUAUUUGUGUGUUCGAUUCAAAUAUGCAUUUCAGUUUUGUAUGCAAUAUUAUGAUCCUUAUCAGCAUCCAGUCUUUCCUAUCCUAUUUUCUAACCCAAUCUUCAGCCAAUGCAAUACAAUUUUUAAAAAUUAAUUAUAAUAAUGAUGUCUGCUGUGCUGUGUUUCUUUGUUUUGUGAAUAUUCUCAUCCGAAAAACCGAAACAAAUCCGAACUAAAUACUUAACAAACUAAUAACUGGUUCACGAACCCACCACAUUGGUAAACGAUUUGAUGUAAAAUUAUAUUUUUUAGCGGCGUAUCAAUUGAAUCUGAUUAGUCAAAAGCGAAACGAGCACAAGGCUAGAGCAAUUAACUAGCUAAACACCCACUAAAUGCACAAAACACACACUAUAAAUCUACACGCACACAAACACACACUGACACCAAACUGUUAUACAGUUGAGAGCACCUGUGAUAACUUUCCCUAGACACCAUUUCAAUACUUAAAACAAAGUGUAUCUUUAAACGGCUUUAAUCACACAAACUAUGUGUAAGUAUUAGACAAAAUAUCUUUCAAAAGUGUUAUACGUAUAACACAGUGCCUGGGCUCGGCACAACUAACAAUCGAACCCACUUAACAGCUACACUUUUCUCUGUGCUAAUCCCUAAACAACUUUUUUUACCUAAUCCUUGGUGUUCGAACACAAUCCAAUCAGCGGACUCAAAUAAAUUGUAUUGUAUUUACGAAUCCCGUAGAAUAAAUGUAAAGUAGAACUGUUAUACUGUGCCUUAAUCAAGUCUUCCUUAUAAGCUUAUGCUUCCAUCUUCUUGUUCCAUUUUAAUUUGCUUAAAUGUAGUGCUUAAAAUAAAUAUAUAUAUUUUAAAAAUUUUUCCCUUAUUGUACGUUUUUUUUACCAAGUAAUUUAAAAAUCUUCCUUAAUUAGCUGUAGCCUCACAUGCUAACAUUAACCCAAAACGAUUACCCAAACCAAAUCAUUAGCCAAAAUUGAUCACAACUUUGACAUUAACUUUCUACGCCUUCUCUUCACAUCAUCCCACCAUCGAUUACCAACCACCAAACCACCUACAAAAACCGCACACACCACACAAC